AUGCACCAAACUUCGUCUCGUCUGUUGCGUCAGACCGACGAUGACCGUCCUUUCACAAGAGAUCUGAAGGAUCUCUUCUCGACAUUGAUGGUCAGUCUGCCACUGACUCCCCACCGCGUCCGUUUCACAAAGGUUGAGCACACCUUCACCACCGAUGAAGCUCUGACCAACCUUGGUUCGCUCAAAUUCUCCCAAUCCAACCGCAUGCCCGACCCGAAAGACCCCUCCAGAAUUGUCACCACGACAACUACGACAACUUUCUCCAUGGCCAAGGAGAUGGCUCGCACAGUUUGCAACAGAUUCUCUGAAGCAAGGUUUGUCGAGUCGUUGGAUGGCAAGACAGACUUUAGUUCAAGGAGUUCCGUUUGGCAAUUGACCCCAAAGGGUAUGCGCGUUCUCACUCGCUUCUGCCAACGCAACGGCAUCCACCAACGCCAUGUCAACGAGCUGCUGGACUCGCCCCGUAACACCAUGCAACUCGUUAUCCUCGAACGUGUCCCUGAAAAUGAUAACAUCAACAUUGACCGCGGCACUAUUGAGGUUGUUUUCAGAAGAUUUUGUGGAGAGGAAGGCCCCAACCUCAAGAGCACUGCCACAGCCGACUCGGAAUCGAUUCAUGACUAUGCAACUGGUCUAGUUGGGGUGCACAUGAUGAGAUCCCGCAAGCAGUUCGAGAAGGACACUCCCUAUAUGUUCACUGGCAAGUCGGCUCUUGAUUGGUUGAUGGAUUGCUGCAUGGUCGUAAACAGAAAGGAGGCUUGCGAUAUCGCCCAGCAGUUCAUGGUACAUCAACUCAUUGUCAAUCUGACUGAAGAGCGCAACACGCCUGCUGCCUCCCGCUUCCAACCCCUCAAAACAUCGCAUUACGGUGUUACCGAGAAGGGAAUGAGGAUCGCAGGCUGGGUCAGAAGUACCAAUGGUUCCAUCAACGGCGAAGCUGUCGUCGUCAAGCUCCCCGCUGGUGUCGCUCGCGACUCCAACACCACCAGAAUGUCACAAAUCAUUCACGAUCCUGCACAACGUCUGGUCUUCCGCGAGUUCUUGCAAGAAACUCAUUGUGAGGAAAAUCUUACCUUCUAUCUUGAAGUCAGAAGCUUCUUGCUAGACUACAACUCUGCCAAGCGUUCAGUUCCUGCUCCUCGUCUGGAUUUGAUUCGCGAAACACUGGCUUCGGCAUACAGCCUGUACAAUGCUUUCCUUGCUCCUGGUUCGCCGUGUGAGCUCAACAUUGACCACAAUCUGCGUAAUGCUCUUGCUAGCCGCAUGACCCGCGCUGUAGGAGAGGACACCGAGAUGAUUGCUAGCUUGGACGAGGUCGCCACUCUCUUCGAUCAGGCUCAGACCAGUGUCUUCAAGCUCAUGGCCAGCGACUCCGUCCCCAAGUUCAGCAGAGACCCCAAGUACAUUCGAAUGCUCGAGAAUCGUACCAACUAUGAUCAGAUGAAUGCAGCUUUCUCGGCCGCAUCAGUCUCAUAA